AUGGCUCCACCAGUAAAGCCCAAAGGCUUGAAUCCUCGUGCCAUCACAGCACCGAUCGCAGCCUUCGUCAUGGCUGGUCUUCUCUAUACCUACUCCGUGACUUCGAUCCGAGCCGCCAAACGAAAUGCGAAACUUCACAGAGAGGCUGAUGGCGGCCAAUUGGACAUGCGUAAAGAGAGCCUCCGCAGGCACGGUGUUUUGGAUCAGGUCGAAGGCACCGCAGGCAUUCAGCUAUUCAAAGACGCGAGGACCGAUGCCAAAGCAGAGAACCGCUUUCUGACCGAGAAGAAGGCGAAACCUCUUGGCUCAUCACAGCAAGAAGAGGUGGGUGCACCCCGUACGGAAAAUGAGGGUCUACUCGAAGAAUAUCGCGGUCGUGGUGCCUUGAAGAAGCUCAAGGAAGAACAAGCCAAGUGA